UCUUUUCUUUCAUCGCCAACAGCCCGCAUAAAUAUUCUUUUCUUCCAUAUAUGCCCUUCCGACUCCCUUUAAUUACAACUAUGCCACUCUUCUAAAACUAUAUUCAUUGUAUCUUCAUAAUGUCGUCGCCGGUGAAAAACAACCGCAGAGUGCACGACGACAAGGCCAAAAAACUGAAAUCAUCAGAUAAAGCGUCGUCGUUCCACGGGAGAACGCCGGAGACUGUGGCGGUAGCGAAGCUACACAGGCCGAGGACAGUGCCGGACUUGCUCUCCGGAAGAAGACUCGCCGGAGUAACUUCGCCGGAAGUUAAGCCGGCGAAGCUGACGAAGCUGUUGUUAAAUGUUACUGUUCAACGGAGCUUAGGACCGGUGAUGGUGAUCUUGUCGUUGGAAUCGACGGUCGGUGACUUGAUUGCGGCGGUUCUCCGGCAGUAUGCUAAGGAAGGACGGCGGCCUAUUAUAGAUACAAAUAAUUGUGCUGCUUUUGAUCUCCAUUACUCUCAGUUUAGCUUAGAAAGUUUGGAUAGGGAGGAGAAGCUGAUAAAUUUAGGUUCAAGAAAUUUCUUCAUGUGCGGUGGAAUAACGACGGCGACGGCGACGUGCUGGAAGGAAGCUGAGAAAGGGGCUGCCAAGAAUGGGUGGCUCAAAUUUAUGGAUUUCUUAUUCUGAUCCAUUAUAUAACAUAGGUUGAAGUAUGAAUUUGUAGCUCAAUAUAUUACCUUGUUUGGGUAUUGUAUCUUUGUUCCAUUGAUGUAUAUAAAAAUCUACAGUAAAGUAUUUGGAACAUUACAUCCUCAUUUUUACUAAA